UCGAUGAGCAUUAGUGCGAUCUCGUCAGUUUUAUUUCAUUUCUUUUCAACCUUGUUGACAUGUUUCCGUGCCACUGAUACCAACGAGAGGAGCAACGAUGGGCUUAACAGCAGCUCGCUGUGGAUUUGUUGUUUUUCUCCUUUGGAUGCCAGUGCUUCAUUGCACAGAACCAGGUUGGGGAGUGACGUACACUUCCACUAACAUCUGCGCCGUUGAAGGAUCCACAGUGGACAUAUCCUGCUCCUACAUAUAUCCACCCACGUACAAGGUUGUGAGAAUAAUCUGGACCACAAAAGGUCAUGAAAGUCAGCCUUUGGAUCUGAGAGAAGACCCUCAAUAUUCAAAGCGAGUGCGGUAUCACUGCAGUAACAACAACUGCACUCUGACAAUAAAACAUCUGAGCAGCAGUGAUUCAGGUCAGUACUUCUUCAGGUUCAUUACAGACAAACAGGACGGGAGAUUUACUGGUCAACCUGGAGUCACUCUCACUGUCACAGGUCUGUCGACCGUAUUUUAUACCAACAGCGGACUACAGUGUUACAGCAGCAGAUGUCAGCCACCUGGUCAUGUUUCCUACAUCUGGUACAAAAAUGGAGAGAAAAUCUCAGGAGAGCCGACUUUCGACUGGGUUCAUUCCAGGGACAGCUACUCCUGUGCUGUUGAAGGACAUGAGGACUUCCCCUCCCCUCCGCGGUGUUUAAAAGAUCAAGCCUGCAGCAGAGUGACAUAUCAAAACAGAAAUAUUUGUGCGAUGAAAGGAUCCUGGGUGUUUAUAUCCUGUCAGUACGAGAGCAGUGAAGGCAUCACAUCAACGUUCUGGUUCAGUCCCAGUCGGAGGCAUCAGUGGGUGAAUUCCUCUUGGCCAGAGAAACUCAGCAAAGACCCACAGUUUGCAGGUCGUGUUGAGGAAUUCUAUGAAGGAGUUGACUCCUAUCUGAGAAUCAGUGAUGUGAGAGAGAGUGAUUCAGCCGAGUAUCGCUUCACAUUCAAAACAAGAAGCUUUGAAUGGAGGAGCAGUUUACCUGGAGUAGCUCUGACUGUCACAGAUCCAGAUUUGCAGGUGAAGGUGACAUCAUCGAGUGGUUCAUGGGCAAACCUGGAGUGUCACAGCCGAUGUUCUCUACCAUAUAAUCCCUCGUAUGUUUGGUACAAGAAUGGAGAGAAGGUGAAGCAGAGAGCACCAUCCACUUAUUCAGCCUACUUCUGGGCCGCAGACAGUAUAUCCUGUGCUCUGACAGAUCAUGAGGAUUUUCCCUCUCCUCCAGUGUGUGUCUUAGGCCAACAGUGUAACAGAGUGAACUGUCCUGACAGAAGGAUCUGUGCUGCCCUGGGUUCAUCCGUGGACAUUUCCUGCUUUUACCAAAGCAGAAAUUAUGUUAAAUCCAAGUUCUGGUUCAGUCCUGAUCACAGCAGAGAUCAGCACAGGCUUCCAGAGGACCUCAGAAAUGACCCACAGUUAGCAAACAGAAUGGAAGUCUUGGAAAAAGAAGGAUUCUCCACUCUGAGAAUCAGUGACCUGAGAGACGAUGAUUCAAUCCAGUAUCAUUUCCAGUUCACGACCUCUGACUCCACAACCAGCAGAAGUUUAUCUGGAACAAGACUCACAGUCACAGCUCUACAGGUGAAGGUGAUUACAGAAACCAUCCAUCCAUCCCACACUGAAGCAGAGCUCGAGUGUGACAGCAAAUGUCAUCAAGCUAGUCAUGUUGACCAUGUUUGGUUUAAAAACAGAGUGAAAGUUAAGAAUAAGAAGAGACUUUAUGAGGCCCGUUUUCAUCCAGGAGAUGUCAUCUCAUGUGCUUUGGAAGGACAUGAGAGCCACGCCUCUCCUCCUCUUUAUGUGCUGAACGUGCCCUCAGUGUCAGUGAGUCCCUCUGGUGAAAUCAUGGAGAACAGUUCAGUGACUCUAACAUGUAGCAACGACGCCACCCAAUCAAGAAUAAACACCACCUGGUACAAGAACAAAGAAACAGUGGUUGGCCUUGGCCCACAGCUUGUCCUCCAGUCCAUCCGAUCUUCUGACUCAGGACAGUAUUACUGUACAUCUGAGAACGAGUGGGGGAAGAGGACGUCUCAACUCAUCUCCAUUGAUGUUGAAUAUCCUCCAAAGACCAUCGAUGUGUCAGUGAGUCUUCAUGGAGCGAUUGUGGAGGGAAGCUCAGUGACUCUGACCUGCAGCAGCGAUGCUAACCCAGCAGCUAACUACACCUGGUACCGGAAUCACCACAAGCUAGCUCAUGGACCAGAGGGCACUUAUCAUUUCCCCUCCAUCAGCUGGGAGGAUAGAGGAACCUACAGCUGCAAAUCUGAGAACAAACAUGGAACCAUGUCUUUAUCCCGACCGGUAGAUGUUCAGUAUGGUCCAAAGCUUCCCUCAGUGUCGGUGAGUCCGUCUGGUGAGAUCGUGGAGGGAAGCUCAGUGACUCUGACCUGCAGCAGCGAUGCUAACCCAGCAGCUAGCUACAGCUGGUACAGGGAGGGUGAAGACACACCUCAGGCAUCAGACAACAUCUUCACCAUCAGUGACGUCAGUCUUGAGCACAGCGGAAACUAUUCCUGUGUGGCUCAGAACAGCAGAGGACGUCAUGCCUUCACAGUAAACCUGCUGGUCAGAAAAUCGAGGAAGGCAGCAGUUGUCGGAGCGUCGACUGCUGUGAUCCUGGUGCUCGUGUUCUUCGCUGUCUUCAUAUUAUUGAGGAAGAGGAUUUGCAAACAAACACCUGAACCUGGAGCGAGACCAAAUAUCUCUGAACAGCGCGGAGUCGAUCGGGAGCAGCAGGAAGAGCCUGCAGAGCUUCACUACGCCAGCGUCCACUUCUCCAAACAGAAAGACGAGUGCCUCUACUCCAACAUCAGACCGGUGCAGCCACACAGACCCAUGGAGGAAGAGGAGGAGGAUGCAGCUGUGCUGUACUCAGCCAUCAGACGCACCAAUGACAGCAGGGCCACAAGUCAAGACAGUGUUGAGAAUCUGUACAGCACUGUCAGCAAAAUCCGUUAAAAUGAAGGAGAUCUCUCAUCUUAAACGUGGGUGUGCGCCGAUGCAAAAGAUAGCCAUGAAUUUAAUAAAUCUCUGAGGUCAGUUUAUGAGAGAAACAAGAGUGAAUAAAAGAUUUAAGGCCCCGCUCACACGACAGCGUGUUCAAGAGAAAACGUUCGAGUGUUUCUUUACACCACAACGGUGCAGAGAGCCACGGAAAAUGUAACUUUUUGAAAACAGCUCUCAAGGAAGAAACUUUACAAAAACGCUCCAACUCCAUGUCCGUGGAAACAGGGGAAGAUGCAGCUUUUCUGAAAUGUUGCUAGUGCGCAUUCUAAUCCCAAAGAAAAAUCAAAACUCAAGUUCUGCCCUCAAAAAACUGCCAGUGUAACUCCAAAAUGUGAGGAAAUAUAAUCUGAAAACAUGUGUAUUUGGAAAAUACACAACUUAAGCCCACCACAGAGUGGUUAAGAUAAACCCAAGUGUAUAAACUCAAUCACAUCUAAAUCAAUCUCAGGCUUUAUCUAUGAAACACCCAAAAGGUCACUUGGUCAUCCGUCCAUACGGAUGUCUGUGGACUCAUUUUUGUUUGUUAUAGUGUAUCGUUCUAUACAAGUUACAUGUAUAAGUUGUGUACAUUGUGUACAGUUGUGUACAUCCAUAAGUUGCAUCUGUCAAAAAACAAACGAAAAAAAAUCAUGCAGUGCUUUUAGACCAAUUAUUUGUUCCUUCAUCGCAGUAACAGUUUUUCUGCUUUUUUCCCUCCUGAGUUUCUCAAACACUCUGAACUCUUGAACCCUUCUUUCUUUUUAGAACAUUUUUCCUGUGUUAUUCAUGCAGAGGUGCAGUGGUAUAAACAGUAUAUUUUCAUUGAUCAAUCGCUUCCAAGUCAAAAGACCAGGAAACAACUAGAACUAGUGCAACUUGUAGCUUGGAAAAUGAAGUCAAAAGCUGAACAGAAUUCAAACUUUCCUGGAUUUAAAGAUAAGAUCUUGUUCUCAACAGCAGGUCUGCAGGCAAUAAUGACUUAAAUUUAAUGACUAAAUCUCUUCAUAACUGAAACAUUACAGUUUAAUAUUGUUCUAAUUUUAAUAUAACUUGAACUAUUGACUCAGAUUUAAAACACACUUCUUUUACGCAGGGCUUGAGCUUGUUUCAGUCAAUAAUCAACAUGUAAACAGUUUAUUUCAGCAUCGUUUGAACAAUAAAUUCACAUGACUUGAAAUACUUCAGGGUUUUGGAGCUCUUUUUUUAUGGUUGACUCAUUUUCACAUCCAGUCAAGCAAAACGUCACAAUGAGCAGUUUCCCAGACGCGCUCUUCAACCUGAACAGUCAUUGCUUUCACAUGUAAAUCUGGGACACCUCAUCAAGGAGGUCUCGGACCACAGGUUGAGAACCACUGCAAUAGACAGAAACUGACAAAAAUGAUAAAUAUUGGACAAAUCCAUCUGUACUCUCUACAUGUGAAGAUUUAAACUUUAUUACAACUCCUUGCUCUUCUGUAUUUUGCUUGACUCAAUGAAAAUAAACCAUGUGAGA